AUGGAGGCGACACAGCACGUGCAGCAGGCCGGGGCGGAGGAGGUGGACCCGCACAAGGCGCUGAAGGCGGUAUCCGCCGAGCUCGGCGGUCUCCCGCUGAGCGACGCCGCGCUGGCGACCGAGCUCGACCGCCGCGACCCCCUGGCCGCCAUGCGCGACCGCUUCCUCUUCCCGCUGGCCCGCGCCGACGACCCCGCCUCCGGCCCCGCCCUCUACUUCUGCGGCAACUCGCUGGGCCUCCAGCCCGCCCGCGCCCGCCGCUACGUCCUCUACGAGCUCGACGAGUGGCACAAGCGCGGCGUCGAGGGCCACUUCCUCCACUCCCCACUCACCACGGCUGAUGAUGACGUGGCAGAGGGGAAGAAGGUGGAGCCGUGGCUGACGACCGACGAGAACGUGCACGCGCGUGCGGCGGGGCUGGUGGGCGCGCUGCCGCUCGAGGUGGCGAUCAUGAACGGGCUGACGGUCAACCUGCACCUCAUGAUGGUCCCCUUCUACCGCCCGACGGCCCAGCGCCACAAGAUCCUCAUCGAGGGCCGCUCCUUCCCCUCCGACUGGUAUGCGGUGGAGACGCAGAUCAGGUUCCACGGCUACGAGCCGAGCACGUCGCUGAUUCAGCUGUACCCGCGCGAGGGGGAGACCACGCUGCGCACGGAGGACAUCAUCGCCACCAUCGAGAAGGAGGGCGACAGCAUCGCCCUCGUCCUGCUCAGCGGCGUCCAGUACUACACCGGUCAAUUCUUUGAGAUCGAGAAGAUCACGGCCGCGGGCCACAGCAAAGGCUGCGUCGUGGGGUGGGAUCUCGCCCACGCCGUCGGCAACGUCGUUCUCAAGCUCCACGAAUGGGGCGUCGAUUGGGCCUGCUGGUGCAGCUACAAAUACCUCAACUCCGGGCCCGGAGGCAUUGCGGGCGUGUUUGUGCACGAGAGGCACGCGCACCGGAAGGACCUGCACCGGUUCGGCGGCUGGUGGGGCCACACCAUCAAGACCCGGUUCGACAUGAACCAGCCCUUCGACCCCGAGCCGGGCGCGUUCGGUUUCCGGCUGUCGAACCCCCCGGUGCUGCAGUGCGCGACGCUGUUCGCGAGCCUGGAGGUGUUCGAGGAGGCGGGCGGCAUGGAGAAGCUGCGCGCCAAGUCGGUGCUGCUGACGGCCUACCUGGAGAUGCUGCUCCUGGAGAAGCUGGCGGCGGACAUCCACAUUUUCACGCCCCGCGAGGUGGCGCAGCGCGGCUGUCAGCUGUCGGUCAAGUUCUCGGUGGCGGUGGAGCGCGUCCACGAGAAGCUCGCGCAGAAGGGCGUCAUCGUCGACGUGCGAAAGCCCGACGUCAUCCGCAUCGCGCCGGCGCCCCUCUACAACUCCUUCUCCGACGUCCUGCGCUUCGUCACCCUCCUCGCCCAGGCCAUCGGCGAGUGCAAGGCCGAGUCCUCGUGA